AACUCAACUAGUCUGUUGGAUCCGGAUCCGAUGCUUUACUCAUUCAGCAGAUUAUUCAUAGAUGGGGUCAAAGUCAAUUUCACUCUAACCGUUUCCCACCGCUUGCAGCAUUUCCUUGAAUUGCUUGCUGAGGGCUGCAAAAACUACAAGACUUGCUCUGACUGGGCCUCUCUUGAUGUUUUGCCUCAACAGGAACCAGUGGAUAGUUGGAUACUUCAGGAGACAAUGGUGCGGCUAAGAAACUUUACUCCGAUUAAAAUUAGACGUGCCCAAGUCAUGUACUUUUGUGUUGAAGUUUUUCCUUCAACUCACGAUCAGCGUGUGGCUAAUCGUUUCGUUCCUUUGAGAAUUGAGACAAGUGGCAUAGACGCGUUCGUCUCUGCUCCUCUGAAUCCGGUGCAACUGGUCUUCACAAUGACCCAUCUUUAUCCCACAUCUGGUGUACUGACGGAUGUGAAAUCGUCCUUCUAUCAAAGCCUUUUGCGCGAUAACACUCUUGAUUGCCAACAGUGGAGUAGGAGAGAACAAAUUUCAGAUUGCUAUGGCAUUUAUCAUUCGACUCGUGAGGAACAGAAGGAUAGUGAUGUGAAGAAAGGUGGCUUGUUUUUCGGCUUUGGCGACGAAAAUCCAAUUACAAAGUCGCUUCAAAUUUACCUCCUCAACUGCUGCUAUACCCAUCAGCUGGUCAAAAUAUCCAAAGUGUCCAUUUAUUUAGGUCAGGAUGUACUACUUUCACCCGUAUCCGUCACAUUGGCCCAAAGAAACUUGCUAUUCUUGGAAUCCUGGCCCAAGCAUCUGUCAAAUGAUCUUGUGACUACGGAUAGCUAUAUCAAAUUGCAUUCACUUAUUCAACUAAACUUGAGUUCCUUCGCUAUGAGAAGCCUCUCCAUCCAUGGAUUUUAUAUAGUCUCUCACAUAUGCGCACUUACUACAGCUCUUUCGCAUUAUCUUUACGGACAGGUGUGGUCAGAAGUGAGUCAAUACAGCUGUGAGCUAAGCGAGGAUGGACUUGGUAACUUCUUUGGUCAAACAGCCGAGGGUUAG